GUUGGAUAUUGCGGGACCUGGACCUGCGGGGGGUGGUGAAGGAGGAACUUGGUUGAAUAUUUCAUUAGUUUUGUAGUUUUGAAAAUGGUGCCUUGCUGAUGGAUGUUGUUUGUGCGAACGGUUUUCGUCGUCCUUUUCCGGUUGGAUCCAGCUGUCCAGAACCAGAAUCGCUUGAUCAUCGUGGGAUACCCUGCUGGUGGUCACUGCUUCUGGGACAGGUCACCGGGAAAAGUUCGGGUUAAUGCUGAUUAAAUUAGAACAACAAGGAACCGUUGGAGUGCGUGUCGUCAACCCGAAAGAAUCCCGCAGCGUCCUCUGGCCAUGUGCAACCUCGGACGAGUGCAGUAAGGCGACCGGGGCGCACUGUUCGAUCUACGGGUACUGCCAGUGUCCGGCGGGUUAUGUCUUUUCCACCGACGUUACGCGCUGCCUGCCCGAGUCACCGUAUGGGGUAAAGUGCGACGAGGCGGUUCAGUGUUCUCAUAUGCUUACCGGUUCCAAGUGCGAGGAAGGUAUAUGUACCUGUGAUACAAACUACACGUACGUCCGGGGCCGAUGCCGUCAGCUAGCGAACCUCCACGAACCCUGCAAUGAUGACAUCGACUGCUUCUUUAGCUACAACCGGGAAGCUGUGGUAUGUCGAUCCGGUCUAUGCGAAUGCGCACCCGGGUUCUACGAACGAAGCACAAAUGUAUGCCGACGUCGAGCGUCUCUUGGUGAACCCUGUCUGGUGAACCAGGACUGCGCCGAUGAGGGCGGGGUAUGUCAGGCGGAUGUCUGCCAGGAGCCGGGAGCGGCAGCACAAACGAAAACAUUUAGGGAUGUUGGCGUACAGGCACGGCCGGAAGAAACGCCGGAAACGAGGGCCAGGGCCAUCGACCGGCACCAGCAAACUAGCGGCGAUAGCAAUGCGGCGUUGCUGGACGACGAGACUGAGAGACGCAAGGAGAGCAGUUCAAGUGGUGCUACGGCGAAGAGAGUUAGACUACAGACAAGCUUUGAUUCGCCAACCAAGGAGGAGAGUACGGCAGCUUUUGGGGACCUUUGUGCGGAGGAGAUGCAGGAAUGUCCGGGCAUGCCGUAUUCGGUGUGCAAGGUUGGACAGUGCCACUGCCAGGAUGGAUUCUACUACCAUUCGGUGGAUGCACGCUGCAAGGCCGAACUGGGCGAGUUCGUAAGGUCAGCGGAGGACUGCGGCGGUGGGACCUUCUCCGCCCAAGGACGGUGCGUGUGUCGGAACGAUCAGUUUUAUAACUACAACAUGAGGACUUGUUUGAAAGGUGUUCUCGGGAUCAACACUCCGUGCACGGCCAGUAGCCAGUGUUCGCCGUACGGAGCGGCGUACUGUCCAACGCAAACCCCAAAACGAUGCGCCUGCUACCCGUAUGCCACGUACGACGCCCAGCAGCAGAUGUGUGUGCCCAAAAAAGGCUACGAAGAGUACUGCGAGAAGGAAGACCACUGCACGCUGGAGAAUGCCCGCUGUACCGAGGUGAAUACCUGCGUCUGCAAGCCGGACUUUGUGUACGUCAACGAGCGGUGCAAGGCGGCCAAGGGUGGGCCCUGUGUGAGCGCCGACGAUUGUGGCUUCGACAAGGCGAGCUGUGAGCCGGCCACGGGAAGCAACGAUCAGGCGACGAAGAAGUGUGACUGCAAGAAGGGAUAUCUGUACCACGGGAACUCGUGCCUGAAGGAGGCGGAAGCGUAUGAAGAGGAGUGCAGUGCCAACGAGCAGUGCCAGCCGUUGCUCGGGAAGCUGGGCAAAUGUAUGGACGAAAAGUGCCAGUGCGAUGAGAAGGACACGCAUUACAAUGAUGGCCAGUGCCAUGAGAAAAAAGCUUUGGACGAACGGUGCACCAAGUCCAGCGAGUGCUUCGUGGAGGAAGGUCUCGAGAACGUCGAGUGUCGCAACAUGAGCUGUCAGUGCAAGUUUGACACAUCCCCGGACGUGGAACAGCAGCGUUGCGUUAAACCCAGUAGUGGCAAAAAUUCUUCCGGCCGACCCAGCGCACUUAAGGUCAUCACACUGAUGCUGACGAGUGCCGCGGUUCUGAUUACGGGAUCAGCUCUUCGGGAUGCUUAUUACGCGUAGUACCUACGAGAGGGUCGAUCUUAUCGAAACGAAAAAUUGCAGCCAUUUUUAUAACAGCGGCGGCGGCGAAGUCUCGCAGAUUGCAGGUUGAACAGAAAAGCAAUUGAAUAUAUCUAAACUAUCAUCAAGAUAUCACAACAAAAAUGUUUACUUCUGUAUUCCUACUUAGAAGGUGACGUAGUUUUCAUGCUCUACUGGUAGAAUGGCUAAACAAUCAACUAGCAUCGGAUUAUCUAAGGGCUUCAAAGAUUUUUUUAUUGAGUAGAGAGAUCAUUUGUUGAACUAUUGAUAAGCCCUGUAAAUACAAAUAAUAAGAAACAGCAUAAGAAGAACAGUCGGAUUGUUAUGUUCAGUCUAGCAAGGUAGCUCUUUAAGAUAUUAUAAAUAUAGAAAUUUAUAAAUUGACAAAAUAAACGAAGCGUAGGUUUAUUUAAUAAAUAAAAGCAAUAAUCAAAUGAUA